CCAAUCCGCAGCACUCUCGGCCCAGCCGGCGCUUGUGUGGCCCGAGGUUGACUCGGGGACCCUAGCGAGCCGCGGCGCCCGCCGGACCGGGGACCUGCGCGGCUCGGGAACGCGCCCUGCCGCUAUUGUCUCGGGGCCGCACAAGCUCGCGCCGCCCGGACGGCGAUUCCCCUCCUCUUCCUCCAGGAGGGAAGGAUCCAAGAGCGCCAAGCCGGGCUGGCUGGAGGAGGUGGCCGCGAAGGCGGAGGGAGGAGCGUUACUCUCCGGCCCCGACUGCUUUUCCUUCGGCGUAGAUUGCCGCUGAAUUCAGAGCGGCAGCAGGUCGCGGGUUCCUGGCCAUGGAGAGGAGAUCUGAACGCGGGGACUCCAGGAGCUCUGCUCCCGCUCCCGCUCCUCUGGCCAUCGCUUAGACACCUGAGUAGAGCGACGCCUGGAGGGGGAGGGGAAGCGACAGGGUAUCAUGUAUGCCGCUGGUUCCCGGGGGCACUCCCCUGCUUUCCUGCAACCUCAAAACGGAAACGGCCACCGCUCACCUGGUUAUGUUCCCGGGAAGGUGGUUCCCUUACGUCCUGCUCCGCCUCCAAAGAACCACGCUGCAGCCAAACUGACCUCCAGGAGCCAAGAAACCCCAGCAACCUUUGCUUUCUCCCCGGAGGAGCAGCGGACUCUGAGGGAGAACCGAAAGCAGAAGAGGAGACACAAGAACACCUUCAUCUGCUUCGCCAUAACCAGCUUCUCGUUCUUUGUGGCGCUUGCAGUCAUUUUGGGGAUAGCUUCAAAAUAUGCUCCAGAUGAGAAUUGUCCAGAUCAAAACCCCCGUCUCAGGAACUGGGAUCCAGGACAAGAUUUUACGAAACAUGUUGUUAUCAAGGAGGGGGAUAUGCUCCGCCUGACCUCAGAUGCUACAGUGAAUUCUAUAGUCAUUCAGGAUGGAGGACUGCUUGUGUUUGGGGAUGAUAAAGACGGAUCCAGGAAUAUAACUUUGAGGACUCGAUACAUCCUGAUCCAGGAUGGUGGGGCGCUUCAUAUUGGAGCAGAAAAAUGCCGCUAUAGAUCCAAAGCGACCAUUACCUUGUACGGCAAGUCAGAUGAACUCGAAAGUAUGCCAACAUUUGGCAAGAAGUUUAUUGGCGUGGAGGCUGGCGGGACACUGGAGUUACAUGGGGCACGGAGGACAUCGUGGACGAUGCUGGCGAGGACUCUGCAUUCCUCGGGCUUGCCCUUUGGGUCGUAUGCCUUCGAAAAGGACUUUUCCCGGGGCCUUAAUGUGAGGGUCAUUGACCAAGACACAGCCAGAGUUUUAGAAUACGAGAAGUUUGAUACCCACGAGUACCACAAUGAGAGCAGGAGACUUCAGGAGUUUUUGAGAGCUCAGGAUCCCGGCCGGAUCGUUGCCAUUGCUGUUGGAGAUUCAGCAGUCAAGAGCCUGUUACAGGGAACAAUCCAGAUGAUCCAGGACCGGCUGGGAAGUAAGCUGAUCCAAGGCCUGGGCUACAGGCAAGCUUGGGCUUUGGUUGGUGUCAUUGAUGGUGGAAGUUCUUCCUGCAAUGAAUCUGUAAGAAACUAUGAAAACCACAGCACUGGCGGGAAAGCCCUGGCUCAAGGAGAAUUCUACACCCUGGAUGGUCAGAAGUUCUCUGUGACAGCCUACAGUGAAUGGAUUCAAGGAAUUUCCCUUUCAGGAUUCCGGGUGGACAUUGCGGAUGGAGUCAAGCUUCACCUGCUGGACGACGUCAGCGGUUGGGAAGCUGGAGACCGCAUUGUGGUCGCAAGCACUGACUAUUCCAUGUUCCAAGCGGAGGAGCUGACUCUUCUCCCCUGCCCGGAGUGCAGCCGCUUUCAGAUCAAAGUUAAAGAGACACCCCAGUACCUGCACGUCGGUGAGAUCAUAGAUGGGAUAGACAUGAGAGCGGAGGUUGGACUUCUCACCCGGAACAUUGUGAUCCAGGGAGAAAUGGAGGACUCAUGCUAUGCUGAAAAUCACUGCCAGUUCUUCGAUUAUGACACCUUUGGGGGACAUGUCAUGAUAGAGAAGAAUUUUACGUCAGUCCAUCUUUCUUAUGUGGAAUUGAAACACAUGGGCCAGCAGCAUUUGGGUCGGUAUCCUGUUCAUUUUCACCUGUGUGGAGACGUGGAUUCUAAAGGAGGGUACAGCCAUCCAGCAUCUGUGGAUGGCCUGUCUGUUCAUCACAGCUUUUCUAGGUGCAUCACUGUGCAUGGGACCAGUGGCCUGCUCAUCAAAGACACCAUUGGAUUCGACACACUGGGUCAUUGCUUCUUUUUGGAAGAUGGUGUUGAACAGAGAAAUAUUUUGUUCCAUAACUUGGGGCUUCUUACCAAACCGGGCACUCUCCUCCCCACGGACAGGAACAGCUCCAUGUGCACAGUCAUGCGUGAUGGAGUGUUUGGAAACUACAUCCCUGUGCCUACCACAGACUGUAUGGCCGUUUCAACUUUCUGGAUUGCCCACCCCAACAACCAUCUGAUCAGUAACGCAGCCGCAGGCUCACAGGAUGCUGGGAUAUGGUAUUUAUUUCAUAAGGAACCAACUGGGGAAUCCAGUGGACUGCAGCUCCUGGAGAAGCCAGAACUCACUCCACUGGGGAUAUUUUAUAACAACAGGGUUCAUUCAAAUUUUAAGGCUGGUUUAUUUGUUGACAAAGGUGUCAAAACGACCAACUCCAGUGCUUCUGACCCAAGGGAGUACCUCUGCCUGGAUAACAGUGCAAGGUUUCGGCCCCAUCAGGAUGCAGACCCUGAGAAGCCACGCGUUGCCGCUGUCAUUGACAGGCUUAUUGCUUUUAAAAACAACGACAAUGGUGCCUGGGUUCGAGGAGGAGACAUCAUUGUUCAGAAUUCAGCAUUUGCAGAUAAUGGAAAGGGGUUGACCUUUGCCAGUGAUGGGAGCUUCCCAAGUGAUGAAGGGUCCAGUCAGGAGGUGUCGGAGUCCCUCUUUGUUGGGGAGAGUAGGAAUUACGGCUUUCAGGGUGGCCAAAACAAGUACAUGGGCACAGGGGGAAUAGACCAGAAGCCGCGGACGCUGCCCAGGAACAGGACAUUCCCAAUCCGAGGCUUUCAGAUUUAUGAUGGGCCUAUUCAUCUCACAAAGAGCACUUUCAAAAAGUAUGUGCCAACUCCAGACAGAUACAGCAGCGCCAUUGGUUUCCUCAUGAAGAAUUCCUGGCAGACAACGCCCAAGAAUAAUGUCUCCCUUGUGAAGUUCGGUCCACAGGUCUCUCUGAACGUCUUCUUUGGCAAGCCUGGCCCCUGGUUUGAGGAUUGUGAGCUGGAUGGUGAUAAGAACUCCAUCUUCCACGACAUUGAUGGCUCUGUGACAGGAUACAAGGACGCCUAUGUGGGAAGGAUGGACAACUACCUGAUCCGCCAUCCCAACUGUGUCAACGUUACUAAGUGGAAUGCAGUGGUCUGCAGCGGGACCUAUGCCCAGGUGUAUGUUCAGGCGUGGAACACACCAAAUCUUAGCAUGAUCAUCACACGAGAUGAAUAUCCAUCCCACCCAAUGGUGCUUCGGGGUAUCAACCAGAGGGCCAUCUCUCCACAGUACCAACCUGUCAUCAUGCUGGAGAAGGGCUACACUAUCCACUGGAGUGGUCCAGCGCCACCUAUCACUUUCCUGUACCUCGUGAACUUCAACAAGGAUGACUGGAUCCGGGUUGGCCUCUGUUACCCGUCCAACACGACCUUUCACAUUACCGCUGGCUUUCUGCAGCGGCAGAACGGCCUGUUAUCCAGAACGGAGGAGUAUGAGUCUGCGCAGUCGAUGGAGCAGCUACAGAAGAAACCGUCUGAGAGAAAAUUCUAUUUUGACUCUGGCACAGGGUUAUUGUUUCUGUAUCUCAGAGCCCACAGCCACAGAGAUGGCCACAGUUACUGUUCAUCUCAGGGAUGUGAAAGAGUCAAGAUUCAGGCGACAACAGACUCCAAAGAUAUCAGUAACUGCAUGGCCAAAGCGUACCCACAGUAUUACAAGAAGCCCUCGGCGGUGAAGCGCAUGCCAGCCAUGCUCACGGGGCUCUGCCAAGGCUGUGGCACCCACCAGAUGGUGUUUACCAGUGACCCUCACAAAAGCUACCUCCCUGUACGAUUCCAGUCACCUGGGAAAGCAGAAAUUCAGCGCGGAAACCCAUCCAUUAUUUCUGUCAAUGGUACUGACUUUACCUUCCGGAGUGCAGGUGCCCUCCUCCUCAUUGUGGACGCCUGCAGUGUGCCCUUCCGGGUGACAGAGAAACGGAUGUUUCUUUCUGCGGAUGUCAGUCAGAUGGAAGAAUAUUUAAAGGCUAGCAUCCCUCCAAGGUCGAUCGUUCUGUUGAGCACAAGAGGAGAAAUGAAGCAGAUGAAUAUCUCGGAUUCAUUAGUACUUCUGGGAUUGGCCAAGCCAGCACAUCUCUACAGCAAAGGUAGUAUCGUAUUUUUGGGAUUCAGCGGAAGCUUCACACCAUCAUGGACUAAGCUGUUUACCAGUCCUGAUGAGCAGGGCCUCGGGGUGCUCGAGCAGUAUCUCCCUUUGCAGAUGGAGGAAUAUGGGUGCUCCAGGACCAGCGGUGUCCACAGAAGAGACCUUGAACUGUUACAGCAGGCUUUGAAAGUGCUUUAGAGACUUGACUGUAAUUUAAGUGCUGGGAAAGAAAAAAAAUGUGAACUAACUUAUUUAAUUUAUGGCAUUUUAAGACAACACUGUUAACCCGAUGGAACCAUUUUCCAGUUUGAUUGCAAAAGGGAGAGAAAGAACUCGAAGCAAUUAUCUGGGUGUCUGCUCACUCACCAUGGCGUUGAGCAGGCAGGAGAAAACCCUUUUGUCUUUGUGAGGCUGAGGAGUUGGGGGAGCAGCUCUCUUGGUUCUUGCUUUGAUAAGCGCAUCAGGGGUGCUUUUGUAUAGUGGGGUGCAGGGAGUCCAAGAGCUCCUUGAGCUCCUUAGAGGACUGGCUGCUGUAGCAAGCAUUUCAGAUACUUGAAUGCUCGGUCCUGCCUUCAGUGGCUGCCCUGCUCAGUGAUGUCCGGGGCUCAUUUUUGUACUGCCCACCAGGGUUUUCUGUGAUGCCAGACCCGGUCUUAAGUGGCAACUCAGGCCCAGCACGUGCCCUUCUUGUCUGGUCAUGUGUCCUUUGUAUUCACUUGUAUACUGGGGGUUCACCUUUCAAAGAGGGGACCAUAUUGGGACAAAGGGGCUUUUGAAAUCAUUUAGGUCUCUGACCUUUGAGAAAAAGAAAGAAAGGAAGGAAGGAAGAAACAGCACAAAACUUUUACUUGCAUCCAGGUCUGAAGUUGGUGGGACUUUUCUGAAGCUUUAACCCUUGACCUGCAUGUUUGCAUUUGAAAUGCAGAGCUGAGCUGAAUGGCUUUUUUUUUUUUUUUUUUAAAAAAAAAAAAGAAGGGAGCCACUUCCUAAACUGUAAGCUCCUGUCAUCUGAACUUGCAAAAGAAAGCCAGGCAUGGUGGUGCCUGCCUUUGAUCACUGCACUCCAGAAGCAGGUGGAGCUCUGUGAGUUUGAGGCUAGCCUGGUCUACAUAGUUCCAGGACAGCCAGGGCUAUGUAGAGAAACCUUGUCUCAAAACAAAACAACAAAACAAAA